CUUUAGCUUUCUUCUUCUUCUUCAUCAUCCCGUUAUAAUGCUAACAGCUAUAUUCUCACCAUUCUUCUUCUUCUUCUUCUUCUGAUCAUCAAAUCAGAAACAAAACAAUGGCGAUUUCAUUCUUCAAUCGUUUAAACACUCCGAUCUUUGGAAUCAAACUCUAUAUUCUAGCCGGCGUUUUCUUCAUAUUCGCGAUUGUGAUUUCUGUUCUAACCUAUCUAUGUCUCUGUUCAUCUUCAAAGAGAAUGCGGUAUCGGAAACGCGUAAACGCGGAUACCCAUCAAAAGAUGCAUCAAAAGGUGGAGUCUUUGCCUAUUGUGGGUAAAGAGAGUAUAGAUCGUAUGGAUGAUUCUAGGGUUGAGGUAAUUGGAAAGUUUCGGUUAGGUCAAGAGCUUGGGAUUGAGAUUGAAGGUAAGGAGAAGAAGAAGAAUGAAUCGAGUUAUUCAGGUAGUAAUAAGUCUGUUGGUAGUCAAAGUGAGGUUUCUAUAUAUUCCGGCGACGGCGGCGGCGGCGGAGGAGGAGGAGUUAAUAAUGUGGGUUGGGGAAGGUGGUAUAGUUUUAAGGAGUUGGAAAUGGCGACUAAUUUCUUUUGUCAAAAUCAUGUUGUUGGUGAAGGAGGUUAUGGUAUUGUUUAUAAAGGGAUUUUACAAGAUGGCUCUGUUAUUGCUGUUAAAGAUCUUCUUAAUAACAAGGGUCAAGCUGAGAAAGAAUUUAAGGUGGAAGUUGAAGCAAUUGGUAAAGUAAGGCAUAAGAACUUGGUGGGUCUUUUAGGGUUUUGUGCAGAAGGUGCUCAAAGGCUACUUGUGUAUGAGUAUGUGGAUAAUGGGAACUUGGAACAAUGGUUACAUGGUGAUCUUGGACCGGUUAGCCUUCUAACAUGGGAGACUCGAAUGAAUAUCGCUAUUGGAACUGCUAAAGGGCUGGCUUACUUGCACGAAGGGUUAGAACCUAAAGUGGUCCAUCGCGAUGUAAAAUCGAGUAACAUACUCCUCGACAGUAAAUGGAACGCUAAAGUAUCUGAUUUUGGUCUGGCUAAGUUAUUGGGACCCGAGAAAAGCUAUGUAACCACUCGAGUUAUGGGAACAUUCGGAUAUGUUUCUCCCGAGUAUGCAAGCACGGGAAUGCUGAACGAGGGAAGUGAUGUUUACAGUUUCGGGGUUCUCCUCAUGGAAAUUAUAACCGGAAGGUGUCCUGUUGAUUACACAAGACCACAAGGAGAAAUGAACUUGGUUGAGUGGUUUAGAGGAAUGGUGGCAAGUCAUAGAGGUGAAGAGGCUGUUGAUAACCGAAUCAAAGUUCAGCCUCCAGCUAGGGCUUUGAAACGAUUAUUGUUAAUUUGUCUUCGAUGCACUGAUAUGGAUGCGAGUAAGCGACCGAAGAUGGGCCAAAUUGUACACAUGUUGGAGGCCGAUGAGUUUCCUUUUCGAUCUGAAGCUCGGAAAAUGCGUGAGACGGCUGCACGUCACCCUCGUGUGGAAUUGAGCGAGAAAUGUGGAUUUAAAGAUGGAGAUGUUCGUGGUUCUAUCGAGAGAUGAUAUUUAUUGGUAACAUCUUAUUACGGUUUACAUGGUUGUGAAAAGAAUUGCAAUUGAUAGUUUCAAAACAAUUGAAUUGACUAUGUUAUUUUAAGUUAGUUUAUUCUCUAAAACUUUUGCAAGAUUAUGUAAAUAUAAUAUAUGGUCAUAGUAACAUUUUAUCUUCAAGAAAUUCAUCAUUGAGAUUAUUAGUUGUGGCAAUGAAAUGCUAAUGUUUUUCUA